GCAAGAACUGAAUCAACUGAUGGUCACUCACCCCCGGCUUGCAUUCUUCCACCUGCGUUAAUAAAAGCCGAGUUAUUCUCGAGCUUUUUUCGCAAUUAUCUGGUGUUUCAAGCUCGAAACUUUGCAACCAUGCGACGGUGGUUCAUACUGGGAGUCAUUGGAGUUCUGCUGCUAGCUGGAAGCUGCAGGGCUGACGACGAUACCGUGGGUGAGGAUGAGACGGUGGAGGUGGACAUAGGGAAGAGCAGGGACGGGUCGCGCACAGAUGACGAGGUAGUGGAGAGGGAGAGUGAGAGGGUCAGAAGUGAAGGAAAGGCUGCGAGAGGGGUGGAGAACAUGAUAGAGAAAGAGAUCUUCCUGCGUGAGCUGAUAUCUAACGCGUCGGACGCUCUAGAUAAGAUUCGAUUCCUCUCUCUCACCGACAAGGAUGCGCUGGAGUCAAACCCGGUCCUCAACAUCAAAAUCAAGGCGGACAAGGAGAACCACGUGCUGCACGUGACAGACUCUGGCGUCGGCAUGACGAGGGACGACCUCGUUAACAACCUCGGCACGAUCGCGAGAUCGGGGACGUCCGAGUUCCUCAGCAAGAUGGGAGAUGCGACGGAUGCUCAGCUUCAGGACCUCAUCGGUCAGUUCGGCGUCGGAUUCUACUCGUCGUUCCUCAUCGCCGACAAGGUGAUUGUUACGUCGAAGCACAACAGUGAUGAGCAGUACAUCUGGGAGAGCGAUGCUCAGUCGUUCAGCAUCGCUCGUGACCCACGCGGAAACACGCUCGGUCGCGGAACCACCGUCAGCUUGCACCUGAAGGAGGAGGCGUACGACUUCCUGGAGCCGGACACGGUGAAGGACCUCAUCAAGCGCUACAGCCAGUUCAUCAGCUUCGACAUCUUCCUCUGGACGAGUAAGAACGUCGCGAAGGAGGGACUGAAGGUGGACGAGAGUGAGAAGAGCUCGGAGAGGAAGGAGGCGAUGGAGAAGGAAUACGAACCUCUCCUCAAGUGGCUGAAGGAAAAGCCGCUAUCAGACAAGAUAGAGAAGGCUGUGAUAUCUGAGCGUCUGAGCGACUCUCCCUGCGCUCUCGUCGCGUCUCAGUACGGCUGGUCGGGAAACAUGGAACGUCUCGUCCGAUCGCAGGCGUACGCUAAACGUGACGACCCCACGCAGCAGUUCUACCUCAACCAGAAGAAGACGCUCGAGGUCAACCCGCGACACCCCGUCAUCAAGGAGCUGCUGCGCAGGGUAGAGACGGAGCAGGACGACCCAACGACCCAGGAUCUGGCGAUGCUACUGUUCGACACGGCGACCAUGCGGUCGGGAUUCACUCUGCCGGACAGCUACGGCUUUGCGACGCGCAUAGAGAAGAUGUUACGUCUCUCCAUGAAUAUCUCACCUGAGGAGAAGGACUGUGACAUGAAUCUACGUGAAUGA